AUGAGCACUGUUGAGAAAGUUUCCGAAUCUAUCAAUCCGGAACAGGAUGACACAACCACUGACAGCUCCUUGCGAUAUGCUGCAUAUGCGAAUAGAUUUAGAACUAUUGCGCUAGCUUCUCAUAGAUAUGUCGCAUAUACUUCUGACAUUGGAGAGUCCUUCCGUCCGGUGGUCAACCCAAACUUUGUGAGAAUGUGCUACGGUAUCUCAUGGUCCUAUGUUCUUGGUGACGUGUCUCUUGAAGCUUGGAAGGCCAAAAUGAGGCAAGAAGGAAGAUAUACUCCGGGAUUACUUCCUUGGCACAAGCUACCGGAAGCAGAUCCUAUAGCAGCUGCCUCCUACACGGGAAUGGACUGGAAAUGGGUUGGAAUUGAAAGAGGUGUUUUCCAGUCCAUUGCAUCAAUGGGAUUGCCUGCAUUUACUAUCCAUUCAACAGUCAGGUACUCCUCUCUUCUGUUUAAGAGUACUUCGAACAAAUCACUCAAGACUUAUGGACCUGUCGGAAUUGGUUUAGCUGUCGUCCCAUUACUUCCUUACCUUUUUGAUGAACCUGUCGAGCGUGCUACGCAUUACAUUUUUGAGCAGGCAUACAAGAGCUUGAGCUCCAAAUAG